ACCAACAUGUCAACGGCAGGUUUCCACGUGGUGCCCUGGGUCGCCCUGGGUUCAGAGAGGACCCUGACCUUAACCUAGGCAAGAAGGCCCCUCACCCCACCCCAGAGAAAGGGGAGAAAGUUGUUUGCGUCGUUCACUUUACAGGCCUGGCAGAACAGUAAAUCCAGGGGAGCUUGAUGAAGCAGAGCGCCGGCUGCCUACCACUGCGGAGGGGAAGAGGGGCGUGGAAAACGUGCAAACUCUUUGGGAGGGUCUCAGCGUGGUCUCUCCGGGGCCUCCGGCACCAGCCUCCCCUCCCCAGCUCGCUCCGCAGCCAGGACCCCCAGCUGUCCUCCCCGGGGGGGCCCCCCGUGACAGCUGAAGGGUGUGCAGCGGAGGGGACGGGGGUCCAGGCGACGCGGGUCACACACUCGACGCGGGCGCUGCCCGCCCCUCCCCCACCGGGCUCGGCACUAUUUUGGGUGGUGUAGACCCCGCCCCCACCUCCAAGUGCGCUGGGGCUCUGCGGCAGCUGGAGGGGUGCUGCUGCGCCUGCUGGGGCCGCACCUCGAGCCGGGGCCGCCGGCGGGUCUGCAGCCAUGUCGGGCCGCUCGGUGCCACAUGCCCACCCGGCCACCGCCGAGUACGAGUUUGCCAACCCGAGCCGCCUGGGCGAGCAGCGCUUCGGGGAAGGCCUCCUGCCAGAAGAGAUCCUGACCCCCACCCUCUACCAUGGCUACUAUGUCCGGCCCCGGGCUGUCCAAGCUGGGGAGGGCGGCAGGGCAGGGGCCUCUGAGCUUCGGCUCAGUGAGGGCAAGUUCCAGGCGUUUCUGGAUGUGAGCCACUUUACCCCCGAUGAGGUAACCGUGAGGACUGUAGACAACCUACUGGAGGUGUCUGCCCGGCACCCCCAGCGCCUGGACCGCCAUGGCUUCGUGUCCAGAGAGUUCUGCCGAACCUACGUCCUGCCUGCUGAUGUUGACCCCUGGCGGGUCCGCGCUGCUCUCUCCCAUGAUGGCAUCCUCAACCUGGAGGCGCCUCGGGGUGGCCGACAUUUGGACACAGAGGUCAAUGAGGUCUACAUCUCCCUGCUCCCUGCACCUCCUGAUCCAGAGGAAGAGGAGGAAGCCAGUGUUGAGCCCUGAGUGCCACAGAGCCAGCACCCUUUCUAGCUCCCGCGGUGAUAGGACUAGCUGCUCACCACCCCAGAGGUAGCAGCAUCCUUGGGGGAAGGGAAAAGUGCAUGGUCACAAUGUAUGGUUUGGUCCCUUGGGACGUGUCAUAGUGUUUUCAUUUAGUUUUGGGUGGAGUUGAAUAAACCCAAAUCUCAGGGCCU